UGUAUCCAUUUUGUCCUCACACCUGCAUGGCGAACAAUACAAAUUCAGCAGAACACUUUGUAGAGUUGUAUGAAAUUCGCACAGGUUUGAAAAGGGAAUUUGCCUUUGCUAUGAAGGCACAAUCUCAGAUAUGUGGUUCUCUAGGUCGGACUAGAUCGAAAAAGGCCCAAACUUUGGUUGAGUUGUCUAAUGAUUCAUCCCACAAGCUAUGCGAAAAAUCUAGGCAACAAAAGAUUCAAAAUUUAACAAAUUUAGCAAAAACUAAGGAGGAUACUAGUGUUGCUCUAAGUGAAAAGGAAGUAAAUAGUGAUGUGAUGGAUGUAGAAAAACUUAAAAGUCAAAUGAGUGAUGAAACAAGGAUGUUGGUUAUUUGUGAAAAGGAGCACAAGAGUGAUGAACCUAAAACCCAACUGGAGGAUAAAGGUGUAAUGAUUGUUGUUUGUGAUGAAGAGCAUAAUAAUGAUGAACCUAAGACUGAGAUUGGACAAAAUCAACCUGCUUGUGAUAAUGACAUAAUCAAAGAGGAAGAUGUCAAUGAUGAGAUUGUUUCAACUUUGGAUUACAAGUUGAAAAACCCAAUAGAGUCUAUACAAUCAACAUUACAAAAAUUAGAAAAUGGUGAUAGCAAGGUUGAGAGUAAUGGUAUUGAGAAAGAAAGGAAAAAUGUUUCUAUGAUUGUUGCUUCAACUCCGGUGACAUCUUCUAUGAGGUUUAUGGGAAAAAAAUUUCCUUCCAAGCUAAAAGACUUUUUAUCUUCUGGAAUUCUUGAAGGACUACUUGUGAAAUAUAUUCGCAGCAUCAAGGCGAAAUCUAUAGGACUUCUGGGAGUCAUUUCUGGCGUUGGAAUAUUGUGUUAUUGUGAAGUUUGUAACAAAGCUGAAGUUGUGUCACCCACAAUUUUUGAGUUGCAUGCUGGUAGCUCAAACAAACGUCCUCCAGAGUAUAUUUUCCUUGAGAAUGGAUGUACUCUUCGUGAUAUCAUGAAUACAUUUUUGAAUCAUCCAUUAAACACUUUGGAGGAAGUUGUGCAGAAUGCUUUGGGAGGCUUCACAAUGAGAAGAUCUAAGUUUUGUGUAAAUUGCAGAGAUGUCAAUGUCGUAUCGAAAUUAUUCUGUAAUUCAUGCGUGGAGUUACUAAAGGAUUGUGAAGCUAGUCUCACUUCAACAAAUGACACCAAUGAUACCUUUGCAUUUCAAUCCAGGUCUUCGGAGUUAGCUAUGUUUCCAAAGUCAUUAAAUUGUGGAAUGAAACAUAGCACAUCUCGUGGAAAGAGCAAAGGACAACUAAUUAGGAAGGAUUUACGCAUGCAUAAACUAGUAUUUGAGAAAGAUGGGUUGCCAGAUGGAACUCAAGUUGGAUACUAUAUUCAUGGAAAGAACCUAUUAUCUGGAUAUAAGAAGGGAUCUGGAAUUGUAUGUAAUUGUUGCAAUCGUGAGAUUAGUCCUUCGCAAUUUGAAGCACAUGCAGGUUGGGCAUCGCGACGAAAGCCUUAUGUGCACAUAUUUGUAUCUAAUGGACUAUCACUCCAUGAUUUGUCUAUCUCCCUAUCACAAGGUCGGAAAUUUUCUACCAAUGAUAAUGAUGACCUAUGUAGUAUAUGCAGAGAUGGAGGAAAUCUUUUGUGUUGCGAUGGAUGCCCAAGAGCUUUUCACCCAGAAUGUGUAUCUCUUCCAUGUAUUCCAAGUGGUACAUGGUAUUGUAGGUAUUGUCAAAAUUUGUUUCAAGACAACAAAUGUAUUGAGCAUAACGAGAAUACCAAGGUUGCAGGGAGAGUUGAAGACAUUGAUCCCUUAGAACAGAUGAACCAGAGAUGCAUUCGUGUUGUCAAAGAAUUUGAACUUGGUGGAUGUGCAUUGUGUAGAGGCCAAGAUUUCAGCAAAAGCUUUGGACCUCGAACAGUGAUUAUCUGUGAUCAGUGCGAAAAAGAGUAUCAUAUUGGGUGUUUGAAGGAUCAUAAUAUGCAGAACAUAGAGGAAUUACCUGAAGGGAAUUGGUUUUGCUGUUCAGAAUGUGAGAACAUUAAUACUACCUUAGUGAAUUUGGUGGCUCGUGGAGAAGAGAAUCUUCCAAAUCCUCUCUUGAGUUUGAUAAAAAAGAAAUACAAUAACAAAGGCUUAGAAUUUGGGUCUGAUAUUCGUAUAAAAUGGAGGCUUCUGAACUGGAAAGUGGGUGAAUCUGAAGAGACAAGACAAUUGCUUUCAAAAGUUGUUGCUAUUUUUCAUGAGCAAUUUGAUCCAAUAGUUCAUACUACAACCGGCAUUGAUUACAUUCCAGCAAUGAUUUUUGGAAGGAACAUUAUAGGUGAAGAUUUUAGUGGAAUGUACUGCAUGUUACUCACUGUGAACGAAGUGGUUGUGUCUGCUGGAAUUUUUCGUGUGUUUGGGUCAGAAAUUGCAGAACUUCCCUUAGUGGCUACUGUUACUGAUUUUCAGGGACAGGGUUACUUUCAAUCUCUGUUUUCUUGCAUUGAGGGUUUGCUUGGAUCAUUGAAAGUGAAACGAUUUGUUCUACCUGCUGCUAGUGAAGCUGAAUCAAUAUGGAUCAAUAAAUUUGGAUUUACAAAGCUAGAUCAAGAUAAGAUCAACAACUAUUGGAAAUAUUAUCACAUGAUGAUCUUUCAGGGGACCUCUUUAUUACAUAAGCAAAUUCCUCAAUUUUGAAGCAUAUUUUGCUUUGAGUAUGUUACUUUAGAGACCUAAUUUUGCAGACGUGUUUUCUGGAUUUUGGUGGGUGUGUGGAAGAACACAUCUUUGACUAUGUUCUAUGGAUCAAAACAAGACAAGAUCAAACGUUUGAUGGUACACUGUGAUAAACUUAUAUUUGAAAACUGUGGAC